AUGGCGGGCGGCGAUCUCCCGCCUCCUCCUCCUCCCGAGGAGACGCCGGCGGCGGCGGCGGCCGAGGAGGACGAGGACCUGAUCGAGAUCGUGGAGGAAGGUUCGGGGCGGCUGGACAUCUCCCGGUACGUGGACCACGUGCGGGACCUGUCGGCGGGCGCCAUCGCGACGUUCGAGGGCACGACGCGGGACCACUUCGCGGGGCGGCUCGUGGUGGAGCUCCGGUACGAGGCGUACGCGGCCAUGGCGCGGCGCCGUCUGGGCGCCAUCCUGCGGGAGGCCCGGUCCCGGCACGCGCUGCGGCGGCUGGCCGUGGCGCACCGCCUGGGCCCGGUGCCCGCCGGGGAGGCCAGCGUGUUCGUGGCCGCCUCCGCCACGCACCGCGCCGACGCCAUGGAGGCAUGCCGCUACGUCAUCGACGAGCUCAAGGCGUCCGUGCCCAUCUGGAAGAAGGAGGUGUACGACGACGGCGAGGUCUGGAAGGAGAACCGCGAGUUCUUGGACCGCCACGCCGGCGACGCCCACGGCCAUGGCAACGGCCACGGCUCGGCCGGUUGCUGCGGGAGCAAGGUCAGGGUCCAGGAGGCUUGA